GGGAUUUUGCGGAAGAUGUGUCGGACGACGCUCCUCCAGCUUUCGAGUUCCAAGUAACGAAGCCCGGAAACCCUCGCCGUGAAACCAAAUCGAAACAGACUCAAACUACAUCGGCUGAGCCAUCGCCACUUGCAGCCUAGCCAUGACAGUUCACUGGUGCAUGGCCACAAUCUGCACAGCCGAAUGCCAAGAUUGUACCCCAGAUCACGCAUUUGUCAAGGAUGAGGCCCCGGGUGCAGUCUAUGUCAGAUUGUGCAUCAAGCGUCGAGGGGAAAGGGGCGCGUCAAGCGAAAAGUCAGCCGUUCAUUCAACCUGUAAUAACUCAAUUGUCCACAGCCAAGCCAACGCGAUCUGAAGCCAAGCCUCCAUCGUCGACUAGCGGUCAGCCACAAGGCGUGCGGGACAAGACGAAGCGAAAAGCAAGGAUGUGGCCACUAUGACAAAAAAAGCUUAGUCCACGCUCUCCUUUGGGCGAGUCAUCGGCAGCUCAACAGUCGCGCACAAUGCUGUCGCAGCAACUGGUCAGCCGUCAACCGCCAGUGGAGAAGCCGCCUUGGGGAAUCAUUGAAGAAGAAUAGCACGACAAAGUCGAGUGUAUUCUGGUUGAAGGUGGCCGCUGCACCUGUCAUAGUCGAAGUCCGCUAAGCGCACCCAACCGGCCUGUGAC